UCUUGGAAACUAGAAAACCGCGAAUCGAAAGUAAUUUUGAACGUUAAUCGAAAAUUAACUCAUCUUCAUAAAGCAAGUUUUGUAUUAGAAUUGAAUGAGACUUAAUGAUAUAUUUUCCAUUAAUAAAAUAUUUCAGUAAUACACAAUGACUCGUAGAUUCACAAACCAACAAAAAGCAGACUUUGCGCGAUAUUUAUUGCAACAUCCGGUCGAUUGUUUCGAUUUGGGCAUGGAUGAGUAUAUGGAAGUGUGCAGUUUGAUGAAAGUUGGGCCAAAUGCAGUGAAGAAGAAUAAGUUUGUUAAUCUCAUCAACAUGAAUCGAUUAUUAGGGGAGUUUAAGACAAACAAAGAAAAAUGGGUAAAAAUACUCAACAGCACUGCAAGUUCUACAACUGAAGAAAUCUUGGAAUUGGAUACAUUUGAAAAUCGCAACGAAAAUUGCCGGUGUGAAGAUUGUUUGAGGCGUAGCAGUUGGAGUGGUGUACGAAGGUACAAGUUCAGUCAGUACGAAUAUAAAGCAACUGAAAUGCUUAUUGAAAUGCAACACGAGGAAUGGCUGAAGUAUUCAACCGUUGAUGGGCGGGGAAAUUUGAAAUUAAAACCUGGUAAGUAUUUUUUUAUGUUCAUUGUGCUUAAAAUUCUAUACCCAUGCUUCCGUUUCCAAUUCAAAAUAUGUACUGUUGACUUUCAAUUAAAUUUAUAGGAUAUGCCGGCAUGAUCAUCAGUAGCUUGAAAAAAGCUGGAUGGCCCUGUAUGCCAGCUUGCAAAGAUAACUACUACUUGGCCACAGAAGAGUGCUUAAGAAUUGCAUAUUGUACGUGGGGUGAUGAAAAUCCCUGUAAUUUGCUUCAUUUGGAUUACUAUCCGAACGACAAGCUCUGUAAUCAAGAAAAUGGAGCUAAGCGUUUUAAAGUUAAAAGCACCGAUUUACCAGAACGACACUGUACCAACACAUAUAAAGUACCUCAAUUGCGAGGAGAAGCAAGAGCCACAGCACUAUGUGAUGCAUCAAAAAUGAUGCCAAAAGCCCACGGAAAUUAUCUAAUUGCGAAUUACGGUGAAGAUAAUUUCGUAAUGCCUCGGGAUAAAUGGCCUGUCUCGCAAUCAGUUUUAAAAAACCUUCGUGCUGAGUGGUUGAACCAAUAUCGCGUUACAUCGGACUUAAUCCAGCAACUUCUGCUGAUGUGGACAGCCGAGAAACAAAUGCCAUCAGUGCUUAAGCAGUCACAUGAAGAUUUUCGAUACUUCCAGUACCUUGCAAUCGGACCGGUCAAGCUCAUAUUAUUGUGUGACGAUCAAUUAAUAAUUUUGAAGAAAGAGAAAGAAAGGUACGACGCAAACACAGCGAUGAAGCCACCGCGGUUUGCUAUUGAAAUGGAUGCAACUUCCGGUAUUUGUGCUGCUUUGAAGGGCUGCGAGGACAAAAGGAGGGAUAACUACGCUCUUGUCAGGCCAAUUCAAAUUCCGGGCGAUAAAACAUCGACAAAAAUGAUCACAUCCUUCGCUGACUAUGUGAGCACUGAUCAGUCCAGCAGAAGUAUUUUCUUUUUUUUGAAUGAGUUUAAAGAAAACUUCAUUCGUAAAUUUGGAAAAAAUACAUGGCCACCAAUGAACGGUACAAUACAUUGUAAUACUGUGAAAUAUUUUGAAUUUUUAAUAUAUUUUUUUUCAUACUUAGCGAUAGUCAGCGAUUUCUGCUGGGCACAAAUUAAUGCGAUCCUCAAUCUAAGUGGGCUUGAUGUGGUGCAAUAUCUUAAUAUCAUGUAUGACUACACCUGCAAAUGCGAUGAAGAGCUGGAGAAGAGAGUUGACAGCACAAUCAUAUUAGUGUUUUUGUGCAUAACGCAUCGAUCUAAGAAUUUCCUAAAGGAUUUGGAAAAGUUGGCGGAACCAGAGGAAGGUGGUAUGGUGCAGGAUAACAAGCCGUACUAA